GAGUGCAGUAGUGCUUACUGCAUUAACAUGUACGCUGUUACUCGACCGUCUCAUGUGCCGGAAAUACCCGAUUUACAAGAUUUUCCCAAUCGAUAUCAAUAUUUCGCUCGGCAACGAUUUGAACAUUUUGCACUGUCUGCACCUUACAUCUCGCGAGCAGAAAGAAC